CAAAAAAAUAAAAGAAAAAAAUUGGAAAAAAAUAAUUAAAUUUGUGGCAAUAUUAUUAUUCAUAAAUGGCGAACCACGGAUUAAGCAACAGGAAUAACGGGCAGCGAUUAGGCAUUACGGAGCCCAUAUCAUUGGGUGGACCAACGGAGUACGACGUGAUGAAAUCCCAGGAACUUGAAAAGUAUUUACAAGAUGCCGGAUUGUAUGAGAGUCAAGAAGAAGCUGUCAGUAGGGAAGAAGUGCUUGGCAGACUAGACCAGAUUGUGAAGUUAUGGGUCAAAACAAUUAGUCGAGCAAAGGGUUUGAAUGAGCAACUGGUGCAAGAAGCAAAUGCGAAGAUUUUCACUUUUGGUUCCUAUCGACUAGGGGUGCAUGGUCCAGGUGCAGAUAUAGACACACUCUGUGUUGGUCCAAGACAUGCAACGCGAGAAGAAGAUUUCUUUGGUGAGCUACAUAGAAUGUUGGUGGAGAUGCCUGAAGUAACAGAGGUGCAUCCUGUACCUGAUGCUCAUGUUCCAGUGCUAAGAUUCAAGUUCAAUGGGGUUUCUAUAGAUCUUCUUUAUGCAAAACUAUCACUUUGGGUUAUUCCUGAGGACUUGGAUAUAUCUCAAGACUCAAUACUGCAGAAUGCAGAUGAGCAGACAGUUCGUAGUCUGAAUGGUUGUAGAGUUACUGACCAAAUUUUGCGGCUAGUUCCAAAUAUUCAGAAUUUCCGAACAACAUUGAGAUGUAUGAGAUUAUGGGCAAAGCGUCGUGGUGUCUAUUCUAAUGUUUCAGGGUUUCUUGGUGGUAUAAAUUGGGCACUGCUUGUUGCUCGGAUAUGCCAAUUAUACCCUAAUGCACUGCCAAAUAUGCUAGUAUCUCGGUUCUUUAGAGUCUACACUCAAUGGCGUUGGCCAAACCCAGUUAUGCUUUGCGCUAUAGAAGAAGGAUCCCUUGGACUUCAAGUUUGGGAUCCUAGAAGAAAUCCAAAGGAUAGGUAUCACUUAAUGCCUAUAAUUACUCCGGCUUAUCCUUGCAUGAAUUCAAGCUACAAUGUGUCAGCAAGUACUUUGCGUAUCAUGUCAGAGGAAUUUCAGAGGGGGAGAGAAAUCUGUGAGGCUAUGGAAACGGACAAGGCUGAUUGGGAUACCCUUUUUGAGCCUUAUCCCUUCUUUGAAGCAUAUAAAAACUAUCUACAGAUAGACAUCAGUGCAGAAAAUGACGAUGACUUGAGAAAAUGGAAAGGCUGGGUUGAGUCUCGCCUCCGUCAACUAACAUUGAAGAUUGAGAGGCACACUUACAACAAGCUGCAGUGUCACCCGCACCCAGGGGAGUUUUCUGACAAAUCCAAACCUUUCCAUUGUAGUUACUUUAUGGGUUUGCAACGAAAACAAGGAGUUCCAGCAAAUGAAAGUGGGCACUUUGAUAUAAGGUUAACUGUAGAAGAAUUUAAGAACUCUGUCAACAUGUAUAUGUUGUGGAAGCCUGGAAUGCUGAUCCACGUAUCCCAUGUAAAAAGGAAAAACAUACCUAACUUUGUAUUUCCUGGUCGAGUUCGACCAGGCCGCCCAGUUAAGAUAACCUGGGACAUGAAGCGGGCUUCAGAACUGAAGGCUUCUGGACUUGCUCAACCAGAUAAGUCAGACGAAAGUAAAACAGUUUUAAAUGGAUCAGAUGAUGGUUCUAAGAGAAAGCGUGUGGAUGACAAUGUUGAGAGCAGUCUCAGAAAUGUCAAGCCGAGAGCUUCCUUUACUGGGGAAGUUCUUGAAGCGAGCUCCCCAAUUAGCACUCUCAGUUCAUCAUCUGUAAAGUUCGACAGUAUGGAUAUGAACAGGUUGGUAGAAUCACAAAGAGAAAAGUCCGAUAACAAUUUUGUAGACAGCUUUAAGAAGUGUGAAAACUCGGCAGACAUCCCAUCUCAAAAUGGUGAAAAUGAAGUGUCAUCCAGAUGCAGUCCACCUACCAAAGCUGUACCUGUAGCUGCUGUUGAUGCAUCAAGCUCCAAAGAAGCAGAGAAGAUGGCUAUUGAUAAUAUCAUGUCUGGUCCAUACGAUUCUCACCAAGCUUUGCCAGAAGAGUUGGAUGAGCUUGAAGAUUUUGAAUACAGAAAUCAAGCCAAAGAUUUUUCUGGUAGCACGAUGGACAGUCAAGUGGAGACUUCAAAGGGAAAUCAACCAGCAGCUCCAAUAACAUCGAACACCGGAACUGGGCCUUCUACUGGUUCAUACUUUAAUGGAGGCUUAGAGGAGCUUGAGCCUGCUGAACUUAUGGCACCAGUUUCCAAUGGAUCCUCUGCACCUGUUGCGCAGCGCAAGCCAAUCAUCAGGUUGAGCCUCACUUCUUUGGCCAAAGCAACCGGAAAAAGCUCAUAAAAUGAUAUUUGCGGUCCUCCUCUGCUAUGUAAAAUAAGAAAUAGUUAUUUUAUCAACUUUUUUAUUUUUCCCUCAACGUUUGUAGUAAUAAUUAUAGUCAAUAAUCAAUACACAUCUUCAGUUGACAACGCCAGUUUCUAUGUACAUGAGGAUUUGCCUCAACGAUUAUGGGUUGUACACAAGAAGUAAUGAGAUAAAAAGCCAAGUUAAGCCGAGAUCUGCUGCAAAUUAAUAUAUUUCUAGAAUUUUCA